AGUGUGGCGUCACCCAACCGUACAUACCAAAAGAGAAAGAGUGAAUGGCAGCAGUGGAGGUCUGAGAGUUUUUCACUUAAUCCUGUUGAAAUCAAACUCAUUACUGUAACCGUUUAGCAAUACUGUUUUUGGGAGUUCAACCAAGCAGCUGAAGAAUUCAGAUGGCGGUUGUUAGCAGUAUGAGCAGAAUAUCUGGGUUAUGUCGUCAUGCUGUUCGGCAAACGGCUGCACUGAAGACGCCGAGGCUGCUGCAGCGUCGGUCCUUCAGAGUUACUGCUGUGCAGCAGCAGCAGCAGCCCUUUGACUCGUCUCUGGAAAAGCCCCAGUUUCCUGGCGCCUCAGCAGAGUUCGUGGACCGUCUUGAAUUCAUUCAGCCCAAUGUUAUUUCUGGGAUUCCCGUGUACCGGGUGAUGGACAGGCAGGGCAAGAUAAUCAACCCCUCUGAGGACCCCCAGCUCUCCAAAGAGACGGUUCUAAACUUCUACCAGAAGAUGACGCUGCUGAACACGAUGGACCGGAUUCUCUACGAGUCUCAGAGACAGGGUCGGAUCUCCUUCUACAUGACCAACUACGGAGAGGAGGGGACGCACAUCGGCAGCGCUGCAGCUCUUGAGUCUAAUGAUUUGGUUUUUGGUCAAUAUAGAGAAGCUGGAGUGCUGAUGUACCGCGGUUUCCCCCUGGAUCUGUUCAUGGCUCAGUGCUACGCCAACGCCGACGACCUUGGGAAGGGCCGCCAGAUGCCUGUCCACUACGGCUGCAAAGAUCUGCACUUCGUCACCAUCUCGUCUCCUCUGGCCACGCAGAUUCCUCAGGCGGUGGGAGCUGCGUACGCGCUGAAGAGGGAGAACACGAACCGCGCGGUGAUCUGUUACUUCGGGGAGGGAGCGGCCAGCGAAGGGGACGCACACGCCGGCUUCAACUUCUCAGCGACCCUCGAGUGUCCGCUGAUCUUCUUCUGUCGCAACAACGGCUACGCGAUCUCCACCCCGACCAACGAGCAGUACAGAGGCGACGGCAUCGCUGCUAGAGGGCCGGGUUAUGGCAUGCUGUCCAUCCGUGUCGAUGGGAACGACGUGUUCGCCGUCUACAACGCCACGAAGGAAGCGCGGCGCAGGGCUGUGGCUGAGAACCAGCCCUUCCUUAUCGAGGCGAUGACGUACAGAAUCGGGCAUCACAGCACCAGCGACGACAGCUCGGCCUACCGCUCCGUGGACGAGGUGAACUACUGGGACAAGCAGGACCACCCCAUCUCCCGGCUGAGGCACUACAUGACGGCGCGCGACUGGUGGAGCGAGGACGACGAGCGCAGCUGGAGGAAACAGUCACGCAAAACUGUGAUGGAGGCGUUUGAGAGGGCGGAGAGGCGCCUGAAGCCCAACCCAGAGCUGCUGUUCACCGACGUCUACCAGGAAAUGAACCCCACCCUGGCCAAGCAGAGAGAGUCCCUGUUCAGGCACAUCCAGCAGUACAAAGAGCACUACCCCCUCGACCUGUACGAGAAAUAACCGCCAUAUGCAGUAGUGUGUGAGGACUGGAAGUAGCUGCACACCACAUGCUGUGUUCAUGUAACAGUUUUGAUGUGUAAUUGCACAUUCUGCACAUGUGUUUUCAAAACAAAUGAUUUAUAAUGGUUUUUGGUGCCUUAUGGUAGACAAAAGGCACAUUUUACAUAAAUGAAAUGGUUUCUUUUAGGGCUGGGCGAUAGAUAAAAUUUUUUUCACAUGUUGCAUUUCCAUAGUUCAGUGUGAUGUCAUCGUGCCCUGUGCGGCCAUCUUGUUGUACAGCUUCGUUUUGUCUGUACUUUGAAUUCAUGUCAGCUCUACAACAGAAUGUCAGUGCCGGGCUACAAUUUUCUUUUUUUAACUACUAGAAUUACUAGAAUUUAAGACAGAAAAAUGUGAGAAUAAUGACAUAAUAUGGCCAGAAUAGUUGUAAUAUUAGGAGAAUGAAAAUAAGUUUAAAAUGAGGAAUGUUGAGCAUCUUGUGAAGUUACAGUUGACUCUUCGCGUUAACAACUUUUCUUCUCUUAAUUUUAAGAUGUUCUUCAUGUAAAAUUGUCUUUAUUUAGAUAAUAUAAACAUAUCCUUGUAAUUAAAUAAAAUUUGUGUAGCCUGGCUUUAGUUACUCAGUCAUACAACUCACAGAAGAGAUGGUUGAACGAAAAGCUAAUUUCAAAAAUAUUUUCUGACAUUUGUAAUUUAUUUUUUUUAGAAAAGAAAGCAAGAAAAAAUAGAUUAAAACCACAUCUGGCAUGAAUUUUUUUUUAUUUCGAAUCCAUAUCGCCCAUGCCAAUUUUUUUUUGAAUCCAGAUCAAACAGAUUAACUAAAUUGGAAAGCAGGAUGUAUUAUGGAGAGUUGACCUCUAUUUAUCAUUGCAUCUUUCUCUUUCAACAGCUGAUAAGCAGGUUUCCUCAUGUGUCAUUGAGGCUAUCCGUUAGUUUUUGUUUGUUGAGAUGCUGUUGUACAAUGUCAUUUUUCUCAAAACUGUAGGUCUGUUGAAAUAAACUGUAGAACACUG